AUGGACGGGAAACCUCUCCAGUCUACCCAUGGCGACCCUCCCAAGCAACAAACAUAUGAUGUCGACGACAAGCCCAAAGCUACUGAUGCUCCCCCGAUAUCCGCCCAGCGACCCACAGUCACCCUUGCAGCAGACCCGACACACGACCCGGAAGACCCUUUGCGACACAAGACCAAAGCAGACUCUGAGAAAUUUGACUCCGCAUCAUCUCAAAACGACACAAACCUCGGCGAUGUCGCAGAUAUUCGAAAUGCCAGCAUCUCUCCCAACAAUCCUCCAGCCAAGAAGCUGAACACGACCCAAACCGUCAUCAUCUUCAUGACAAACGAGAUUGGAAUUGGCAUUCUGUCAUUACCCAGUGCGCUCAACACGCUUGGUUUCUUCCCAGGUAUUGUAGCCAUUAUCGGCAUGGGCAUGCUCAGUCUGUAUACUGCCUACAACCUGAUUCAAUACUGGCGAAAAUACCCUUACAUGCUGAACAUUGUUGACUACGGGCGCGUCCUUGGUGGGCCCUGGGUCGAAGCUGUAUUUGCCAUUGGCUUUCUCAUCAACAUGGCGCUCAUCAGCGCGUCGGCUGUCGUCACCAUUUCCAUUGGUCUCAACACGAUUAGCGAGCACGCAACUUGCACGGUUGCCUUUACGGUUGUCGCGGCCGUCGUCAUGUGGGCCAUGUGCGUACCUCGAAGCAUGCGCUUCGUAUCAUGGGCCUCGUGGCCUUGCACAUUCUCCAUCUUCGCCGCCGUCGUCAUGGUCAUGGUCAUUCUGGGUGUCCAAGGCCCACGGAACCCAGAAGCGGCGCUCAAUCUCAAGGCUAUCGGCAGCCCGACCUUUACACAAGCUGUUUCUGCAUUCCUCAACAUUGCAUUUGCUUUCAGCGGUAAUCAGGCAUUUCCGACAGUCUUGGCGGAGAUGGAGAACCCCUCCCGUGACUACCCCAAGGCUAUCAUUAUCGAGAAGUGCGCGACGACAACCAUUUAUGUGAUUGUUGCUGCAGUCGUGUACGCACUAUCUGGCGAGCAGGUCGCAUCACCCGCGCUCGGCUCGCUUCGUCCUGUCAUGGCCAAAGCCUCAUACGGAGUUAUCUUCGUGGGGCUCUUGGGCACUGGUCUUAUUUUCGGUAUGACAGCAGCACGCUACCUCCACGUCUACUUUAUCCGCCAAGUCAGCACCCGCAAAUCCAAGCAAAACAGAACAGGCACCAUUAAGACCGACUGGUUCAUCUGGAUCUUCUCCGUAUCCCUCUUCUGGAUCACCGUCUGGAUCCUCGCCAACGCCAUUCCAGUCUUCAGCUCCCUCCUCAACAUCUCCGCCGCCUUGCUUCUCUCUUGGUUCACCUGGGGCGUCACCGUCCUCUUCUGGUUCGACCUCAACAAGAACGGCAAGUGGCGCUCCAGCGGCAAGAAGAUUGCAACUGCCGUUUUCAACAUCUUCAUCAUGUGCGUGACGCUGUUCAUGGUAGGACCGGGAAUGUAUGCUAGUAUUGAUGCGUUGAUGAAUACGUUUGCGACGACAAAGGUUAAUGGGGCGUUUACUUGUGCUGAUAAUAGUAUUCUGUAG